GGCGCCGCGAAAGUGAGGAAAACUCUGAUGUGAGUUAGUUUGGGGUCCACGCUCGUGCCAUUCCGACCCACCGGACAGAUGAGAGGAAGAGGAGGACACUCUUCGUCAUCAGGUAAAACAGUUUCUCAGCAGCAGACCAGGAUGGCUCUGAGGAAGCAAAUACUCAAGGAUGCCAGUGACAUUCCCACUGGAAGCCAACCAGCCGACGAAAACACGCAGGAAGAUGAAACUCUCAACGACCAAGACAACACUGUAAAAAAUGACGAGCUCUCAUUGUCACUUCUAUCGUCAUCAAGAGAAAAACGCAAGAAGGAGAGGGAAAACAAAUCCAAACCCAAAGAGAUGACAGAGGAAGAGAUGAUGGCCUUGGCUCUGCGUUUGAGCGAACAGGAAGCCAGCGUUACUGCACUUAGACUGCAGGAAGAGGAGGAGGCCGUGAUGAAAGCCAUCCAGGAGAGUAUGGUCAGCCAGACACAACCGUGCUCACAGAGCCUGCUCGCCGAUGCCGAAGCUUCACUCAGGAUCUGCUCUCGACGAAAACUCUUGUACUCAAACAGAAAGAAGGCAUCUGCUAACGAACAGGGAGCAUCAGAAGACACCUGCACGCCAGAGACAGAUGUGAACCGAGGAGCAAAAGGAAGUGGCGAUGAAAGCAAUAACAGGAGUAAAAAGCGGAAAAGGAAAGAAGGAAGUCCUCUGCUGGAGAUGCCGGACUUAUCACAGACUCAGAAAAUCUACUCUCAGGCUUCACCCUGCAGCUCCGAAUGUCCCUCAGUGCCUCUGGACUCACCGCAGAGCUGUGACUCGACCCAGAUCGAUGACUGUCAGCUCCGUAAAUCCCCUGUCUUCUCCUCCACUGGCUCCAGAGCCGAGGUUCACAUCCCCCGGCUGAACCAGGACCUGCUGGAAAGUUGCAGAACAUCUGGGUUUGUGUUGUGCUCUCAGGACAGUUUGACCUCAACUCAAAAGUCUCAACCUGCUGAACCCAAGAGCCCGACGUUUCCCAAAAGUCCCAAAUGCUCCGGUAAUCACACUUUGUCGAAGAGUCCCAACUUCUUAGAGACUGAUCAGGAAGACGAUAGAGAGACGGAGCAGAGUCCUGAGUAUUUUAAAAGUCCAGUAUUUGGCAGGAUUACUCAGCAUGAGAGGUCUCCAAGUGCCUGCAAACCCCCAGACCGUGUCUGUAACUCAGAGUUCAUGUUCUCUUCUCAGGGGAGUUUAACCCCCUCUGUGAGGUCCACAUCCUGUCAGCCUAAGAGUCCAGUGUUCCCAAGAAGCCCAGGUGUUUCCAAAAACGUCGCUCCCUCUGAAACAUUAGUAUCGAGCAAUAGUCCUGUUUUCUCAGAGACUGACGGAGAGCAGACCGAGCAGAGUCUUGGAUGUUGUAUAAGCCCAGUGUUUGGCGGGACUCCACAACAACAACAAAAGAUUCAUCUUGAUGAGCAGAAAGACUCUGUGAGUCCUUCAGCUGCAGGUCUCAGAGGUUCAGCCACUGAAAAGAAUUCAACCACAUCCAGUGGUCCCUCUCAGAGUCUGAGGCAGGACAGCAAGAUAAACAAUCAAGAAGUUGGGUUUAACAACUCAUCUCAGUCAGAUGAUGCAGAGGAGCCAAAUCGAACGUCCAAAGACUGGAACUCUGCUGACAUGGAGCUGACCAGUGAUAUGACGCUACACUGGUCUGACGAGGACGACGAUGUCACGCCGGUGGGCUCACCCAGCCCCGUCUUCCCAGAGGAGAGACGUGUUCAUCAGGCAGACAGCCAGGCUGCUUCCCUGAACCAUACGACUGAAGCUUCUCCAGGGACGAACUGCAGACCUUCUUCCUCUUCUACAUCUGCCGCGCCUGUGGAGCCUGGGGGCAGGCCGAUGGUGCACUACUACUGGGGAGUUCCCUUCUGUCCACGAGGCCUGGACCCAGACAAAUACACACAGGUGAUCCUGGCUCAGAUGGAGGUGUAUGAGAAGAGUCUGAAGCAGGCUCAGAGGUGUCUGCUGAGGAAGGCUGAGUGGGGGGAUGCCAUCCAGCCACAGCCAGAGAAAUCCCCUUCACCUGAAUCGCCUGAAUCACCUCAACUGCUUGUUCCUCAAAGGCGAGGCCUCAGACUGAGAGGCAGAAAACUGUGUGAAUCAGCUGAUAGCCCAUCAGCUGAGGCAGAGGAGGAGGAGGACAAGAAGGAGGAAGAGGAGGAAAGACAGAGCAAAGAGGAAGAGAAGAAGGAGGAGGAGGAUGGAGAGGUACAGGUGGACACAGAUGACUGUGAGGUUUGUCCAGAAACCCAACUGACUGACAACGAUGACGACAGGACGCAAGAUCUGAUGAUGGACACUGACGCUGGAACAAAGUCUGAUGUUAAAAAGAGUCGAGAGCAGCCGGAGGUCGAGAUGAUUCUCCGCGAUGACUCUCCAGCUGGGGAUGAGCUGCAGGAGGAGGAGAUGGAGGUGGAGGUGGACGCCCUAGAGGACAGAAAGACGAAAGGAGACGUCCCUGUUAGCAACAGCAGCAGCGAUAUUGGAAAACAACAUGUAAGAAAUGAAACGGUAGAGGAUAAGGAUCCAGAUGUGGAGGAGAUAAAGGAUCGAGGCCUUCAAAGGUCGAUGUCUCCUGAGCUGGAACCAGCCACCGUCCCUGAGAGCCCUGAAACCAAAGUGGACUGUCCCAUCUGUCAGGGGUCUUUCCCAGUCACGGAGAUUGAGAUGCACGCUGCGUACUGCGAUGGUGAGGUGGCUGUUGUCGAUGAGAGGAGGCCUGAAAACAACUCGUCACUGAAGCCACGUAGGAAGAGAACACGAAGAACAGAGACGACUGAUGAAGAGACAGACCCCUCCAACGCUGGCAAGAACCGAGAGAAAUGUUACAUCUGUCAGAAAGCUGUUCCUCUGAGAGACUACAACCGCCACACAGAGAUAUGCAUCCAACGGCAGGCAUCAAAGACUAAGGGAAAUCUGCUGUCGGCUCUGGAGCAAACAGAGAGCAGAGAUUCAGAUGCGGGGCCAUCUGGAUCCAAAGUCCAACCAGGAGAUGUCAUAGAUCUGCGAGAUGAUGACGAAGAUGAGGAUGUGGCAGAGGAGGGCAGCAUUUCAAUGCUCAGAAUCAGUAACUCUCCCAUCAGGUCCUUCACUCCGAUCUCGGAGGCCACCGGCUGCCUUAUCGACUUCAAAAAACAGCAGAGAGUCAAGAAGCCGCGCCAAAGACGAAGAUGAGGACGACCUCCUGCAGGAAAUACUGUAAACCAGAGCCUUAACUAAAGACCUACUGAGUUUUCAGGUUGGAUGUGACUUUUCAGUUUGAAAAGACUUGUUUUAAAUUUCACAGCACCUUCCUGAUGUCACAUGUAUUUAUGCAGGUCAGUGAAUACAAACUGAGCACUUGAAUGUCAGUAAUGUUCAUUGACUGAUUUUUUGCCACCGUUUGUUUACGUUGAAGGUGUUUCAGACUACCUCUUUAUGAAUUGAAACAUUUCCUUUUUGUUACGUUGGUUUAAUGUCUGCCUAACGCUAUGAUUACAGCACCAUGUCUCAACCUUCUGAGUGUAAAUCAAAGUCAUACAAACAACAUUUUUCUGGCCUUUAACUUGAAACAAGAGAAGUGAAGUUAUGUUUGCAGCUGACUGCGAGGCCACUUGGCCCACUACUUUGGUCUGAAAUAUCUCAACGACAGUUGAAUGGAUCACCAUGAAAUUUUGUAAAGAUGUUGUUAUGAUGAUGAUGUUAUUUUGUCCACAAGAUGAAACUUCGGCGAUCGUCUGAUGUUUCAUCCAGCGUCUCCUACAGGUCAGAACACACUAUUGUAUGACAGAAUCACAGGAAUCCCCUAAAAGGUAAUGACAGAAUUCAGCCUCACGUGUAUCAACACAACAUGCCAAAUAUUUCCAGGCAAGUUUCUGCAUGAGUGGAUCCUUUCGCAAAUGUACUUAAUUGCCGCAUCUAAUUUCUGAAAAUUGCUUUGCUAUCUGUACACAUGUUCACUGUAGCUUUUGUGUGCUGAUGUUAGCAUCUGAGCUAACAUUUAGCUAAUGCAAAUAUUGCCAGCUCAGUGUUUUCCUGAUUCCAGACCUCCGAAUGACUGCCCACAACAUUUCGUGAUUCACGUGGGUCUGGUUAUUAUUGAUGUAAAAACAAACGGACCAAUCAGUGCUGAUUAUGAAUGGUAAUGUCAUCUUCCUUUACCCAAGCCUAAAAAUAUAAGUCAGAUUUUGUAGCAAUUGUAAAUGUAGAGGCUGCAACUGUCCAUUCUUUUCAUCACAGGCUCAUCUUCUGGAGAAAAAAAAAGGUUGUAACUUCCUAGAGCUCUGAAUAGCAUCUUAAAAACCUGUUUUUAAUCCAACCAAAAGUCCAAAACACAAAGAUUAAGAUAAUUUAAUAAUUAUG